AGCUGUAAAUUGAAUUUUUUUUAAAUUGCUUAUAAACGUCAUCUUAAAUACGUCUUGAUUAUUAAGCAUUUAUGAAAUUACAUUGUUUAGUGUCUUUGGCGGUUUAGAACAACAUCCUGGGUAUAUUCAAAACAGAUUUCACUUUAUUAUUGUAUAAGAGUAAAUAUAUUAGAAAAAAUGGAGGUUCUUCGUAAGUUUUUUUCUCUUAUGCAACGAAUUGAAGAACUUUCUCCUGAUAUUCCAGUUGUGUUCUUAGGUCAUACAUAUGCUUUACAGCCCACUUUUGACGAAUUUCAGAGAGCAGCAAGUAUUUUAAUGGAAAGAAAUAAAGCUGAUUUAGAAACAGGAGCACUUCCUCAACUCAAUAUAUGCUUCUGUAACAAGUUAGUGGUUAUUAAAGAUGCAAUGCAAAGACCUUGCAUGGAAUAUGAAGUACGAAAAAUUGUAGUUUCUUGCGUUAAUGCAAAAAAUAAACGCUUGCUUGGAAUUUUUUAUCAUAAAGACACUACGUGUUUUGGUGUAAAUGUAGCUGGAAAGGGACUCGAGUGUCAUCUAUUUUUAUGUCGCAGUAAAGAAAAAGCAAAAUUAGCUGCUUAUAACAUCGGUAAACUUUUAGCCAAAGAAUACGACUUAGCUGAACCAUGCUUAACCGAAAAUCUAGAGGAGAAAAACAUAAGUAUCAGUAAUGUUGUAAAAAAUGAAUUGGAUUACGAAAAUGUUGCUAAGUUUUUUCGCAAAAAUUUUAAUCCAAAUAGCUGCGAUGUUUCAAUUUUAACGACGCCAUGCGACUCUUUAUCAACAUUUAUGACUACGACUGGUUACGAUUCAGGUCGGGCCUCGACUAUAGCCAGCAGAGAAUACAAUAAUAUAAGCGCAAGUGAUAGCUUCCGGGAGCAUCAUAAAAAACAAAAAAAUUACUUAAGCAUUAGUAGCAGCAGAUCGUGGAGUUUUAAAAAUAGUAAAAGCAACAACAGUAGUAGGUCAGCCAGUUUUAAAAACGCAGCCAGUACAAGUAGCAGUCGGUCAUGCAGUUUUAAAAAUGCAGCUAGUGCGAGCAGCAGUAGGUCGUGCAGUUUUAAGAAUGCAGCUAGUGCAAAUAGCAGUAGAUCGUCCAGUUUCAAAAAUUUAGUUCAAAACAGCAACAGUUUUCGAGAGCAGAAAGCAACUAACGAUACAUUAAAAAGAAAAGAAGAGCUCAAAAAUACAACAAGAGAAAAAAUCAAGUACCAACAUUCGAUUGAUGAUGACAAUGUGUCUGGUAGCGAUGGAGAUUCUAGAACAACCUCUUCUUUAUACAUAAGUCCGUAUGAUAACACUGCUAGUAGCAAAAUAAGAGUUAUCUACUCAAGUCAUGAUUCUGACGGCGAUAGCGUGUCUCUCAGCGAUGACGAUUCUAAAAUUUCAAAAGGUCUUCUAAAUCCACAAUACUGCUAUAGAUCAACAUUUCCUACGUGUAUUUUAGAAGAAUCUACCGAGGAAAUUAACAUUAAUAGAUUUUCUUCUUCUCGUGAAAGUGACAUAAUUGAAGAUGAACCAAAUGUUGAUGUUAUUUUAAAUGGGGCUGAUUCAGUUUCUUUACAUAAAGAAAAUCCAACUCUAGAAGAUACUCGUCUAUCUCGGAACUUAAAUACAAUAGAAGAUUUUAGUAAUGCUUCUCUAUCAAUUAAGCGGCACGGAGAGUAUCCAAAUAAAAAGUCUUUAGAAAUAACGCACCCUCUCUUUAAAGAAAGUAGUCUAAUAAAUAAUGAUGCAAACAAUAAUGAUAAACUAACAAAUGAAAAAAGUUUGGUAACCAAUUUAUUAGGCGUCAAUGACUUAAAUGCAUACACGCAUCUUGUUAAAAUGCAAGAAACAGAUAUAUAGAGUUGCAGAAUUAUACUUUUCAAAAUUGAUUUUUUCGUUUGAUUGAUUAUCUCGUUAUAAACAAUGGUUAAAACCAACUCAAUUAUGGCGUUGCAAAUAGUUGUUAAAAUGUUAACAAAUUAUAUCUAGUUAAAUUGUUAAAAAUAAAAAAUAGUUUUUAAAUGAUCUGUUGUUUGAACUUCGUACCAGAAGAUCAGAUGACUCCUUUUUAUAUAUUUAUAUACAUUUUGAAUCUAGAUUUCUGAAAUCAAAUUCAGAAAUGUGUAUCCUGAAUUCAAUUGGCUUUGCUAAAAUCGAAAUCCAUCAGUCAACGUUUGUUGUGUGUUUUGCUAUAUAUGCUAUCAAUAUCCAGGUUAUGAAGUCCUUUUGCAACCACCAUAAACUUUUAGUUAGUGUAGAUAUUUUUUGCUUCAAAUAACUUUGACCUGUAA